AUGCAUCUAUUUUACAACGGCUAUAGACGAGAGCCGGCAGGAGCGUUGAUCCGUUCACUCGUUCAGCAGAUUCAGCAGCUCAGUCGAGAAGUGCUACCAGUCUCUCCGGAGUCCUUCACAAGCCCCUCCAGCGAACUACCCUUGCCACAGACACUGGUUUCUCAACCUGAAUGGCUUUUAAGGAUGGUUGCAUCAGGUAGGCUGUCGUCCUUUGUCUUGGAUGUGCUUGUACACCAGAAGGUUCUGCUGGUUGCACAGGUGGAGAAUAGUCACCUGCCUAGCAGUCAUACAAGCUCAGUGAGUAUCCGAAAGACCAUCUACAGCCUUCUGCUUGAAAAGGCAAGACAGGAUAGUCGAGUCACCCAUAGAGGAAGGGGAAGACAAUCUCAGGGUAAAGGAGGACAGCAAUGUAACAUCCCAUGUGUUGAUGAGUAUGACAGACAAGAACUUAAUCUCAAGAAAAACACAGUGGAGGCUCUCCGACCCAACUGUGUGCCACAGCUGACUCUUGCAGCAAUUGACAAGGCGUCUACACAAGUGAGGCUGCAGGUGUUGUUGGGAACACUUGGUGUGAUGGACAGUGUUUUACAGCCUUUACCCCCUCAUUUUUGCCUUCCUGUGUGUGUGACGUAUUUCUGGAUGAACAACUGUAAACCAAAGCCCAGUCAUCCUCUACUGCAGGCCAUAUUGUUGGGACUGGUGCACGGGGAACUCAGCUGGAGAAGAGCCCAUCCUAAUGACCCACUAUUUGGCAGCAAAGCUUCUGCUUCUGUAUGUCAGAGAUUAUCUCAGCUACGGGUCAAUCCAGGACAAAGGAGGGGCCUUGAUCUGGGUUUGGCCCAUUUGCUCAGCCAGUGGCAGUCAUGUAUGUGGGUGGCGUUGUUCCUGAACCAGUUACUGGGCUUCCCGCUACCUGAACCUCAAUGUGCCUGGGUUUUCAGUGGUACUCUGCUGCAUGGUCUUGAGGCUGCCAUAAGAGGGGGUCACCAAUGUGAGUCUCUGCUUGCAGGGGACGCUGUUGCUUGGCAGCUCUACUCCAUCCUGUUUGAGGCAUUGACGGGUCCUGCAGUAUCAGCAACAGCAAGCAGGGGUAGAGGAGAGGAGCAGAGACAGGCACAGCAAAGAGGGAGGGGCCAUGGUGGGAGAGGACGGGGCAAUGAAGGGAGAGGGCGGGGCAAUGAAGGGAGAGGGCGGGGAAAUGGGGGAGGAAGGAGGGGCAACAGAAACCGAGCAAUGACCUCUUCAGACAAUGCUUUGGACAACAGGUUUGCCCUGUUGACCUUUGACGAAUGUCAGCAGUGGUGGGCUUGAAAUGGGAGCGGGAAAUGAAAGAUUAGAUUUGAAAGGUUAGUUUAGGAGAGGAGAAUAAAGAAUUUCAGAGAUAGAUAUGUUUUUAGCUAUGUUUUUAUGCGGCCUUUCACUUUAUAAAAGCAUGAUAUGGCUGAGGAUGUGCCACUUUUUUCCGAAGAGAGUAGCUUUUACCAACUUCAUUUCAGGAAACACAAAAUUGUUUUAUUUACUAUGAAAAUGUUUUACUAUGAGAGCUGUUAUACAUGCACUAGGUUAAUCUAUUUUGCAGCUACAUUAUGAAAAUGGUCUGUUUAAUGUAGCCUUUUAUACUAUUGAAUUGAAUUAACUUUUAUGAAAAAGAAUGUAGAUUUUAUAUAUUAUCAAAUGACUCUUUUAGGACCAAUGCCUUUUUAUUAAAUAUUUAUGGUGAUAAUUUGCUAGUACAAUUAAUGUUUUUAAUUGGAGCAGAUUCCUCUCCUUAAUUAUGUAACGCUUGAUUAUUGUGCCAUUGAGACACCAAUAUGGUGUAGAAACCUUCAGUGUCAUUCUGUUUCAAAAUGGCACACAAUCUCUUGCUUCCUUGCGGUCGCUCUCUGAAAUUACCUGCAGACUGAAAUUAAGAGCCAAAUUAUCAAUUGCCGUUUUAUUGGGAAGUCUUAUUGUGCUCUAGUGGAUGUCAAUCAAGGCACAUCCUUACAAGAAACUUGUCUUAAUUUUCAUAUGUCUUGGCAGAAGUGAGUGCCACUUUUUUUGCCAUAAAUAGGAUGUAUUGGCUUGAGGUAUGAGUGAAAUAUCAUUUAUUUUUCAAAGUAUUUGUUUCUGAAAUGUCUGAAUGCACUUAAACAUGAAAGGUUCUGUUGAUGAUAGGGCUGUGGUGAUUCGUCGAUUAGACUAUUCGAUUUUUAAAAAUCC